AUGUGUGAGAAUGAAGUUAGAACACUCCCAACACGCCGCCCUGCCCUGGGGCGGACCGUCCCGGAGCGGCACCUGGAGUGCCCGCAGGCCUGGCACCCUCGGCCCACGCUCACCGGGCGACCCCCGACCGCCGAGGGCUUCUUUCCCCCGGGCCGUAGUUUCCGGGUGAGCAGAGGGCACGCCCUGGGGGCGCUGGCUGGGACCGACCGGAAGCGCGUCACCGCGGCGCCGGCGCCUGACGGGCUGGGUCGCUUCGCCCAGAUCGCAGCCUCGCGCCGCCACCUCGCGGUCCAGCGUGCAGGUGUUCGAUGGGAAGGGCGCAUUGCGCACAUGGGGGCGUCUGCUCCCGGUUUCCUCCACGACAAGGACACAGUGCACAGCAUCACUCACGCCGCCUCAGCACUCCACAAGAACAAGGCGGGCCAGGCCUCAGAAGGGCAGACGUUGCCCAGCAUUGGCUCCCCUGCGGCCACCCUGCUAGGCGCCUCAGGGAGCUCUCCUUCCACCGCUUUCAGGCACACACCUGCAGUCACCCUUCACACUUCACGUCACCACCUCUUCAUCCUCCACGAGCCCAUGUCCCUGUUUCAUUCUGAGCCCUUACACCUGCUGUUCCCUGCCUGGAAACCCCCCCCCCUGUUCCUCUGGCCACUUGCUGCUCAGAAUGUGCAGCUUUGUGGAAUCUGUCACUUUCCAAGUCAGUUGCGUUCUGCUUUGCGCUCAGCUCAUCAGGUUCCCACUGUCUCUGGUUUAGGUCUGUCCACACCCGAGAGCAAGGACCACAGCCAUCAGGUCACCGCGGUAUCCUGGGGCCUCACGCAUGGCCUGUAUUCAGGAGGUGGCCGGUAA